AUGGAAUCGACAGCUUCACAAGUGGAGCCCAAACAGGACAUCUCCAACGACAGCCAAGAUGUUUCCGUUUCCGUUUCCAUUUCCAACGGCGCCAUUCUGGCAGACAACCCCGAUGAUCUCAUCCUCAGAGCAAACGGGCACAAGCCCCAGAUGCGCCGCCAGUUUAACUGGCUCUCUGCAUUGGGGCUCGGCUUCUCCAUCACUAACUCGUGGGUGGGGUAUCUGAGCAACUUUGGCCAGGUCAUGGCGUAUGGGGGCCCUCGACUUGUGAUUGCUGGUCUUGUACUUGCGUUCCUGGUGCAGUCGACUAUCACGAUCGGUCUUGCGGAGAUCGGGUCGGCAUUUCCAUCUUCUGGGGGCCAGUAUCACUUCUGCUUCCUGUUGGCCCCGGAGAGAACGAAGCGGUUUUCUGGAUACAUCAUCGGGUGGAUGUCGGUUAUUGCCUGGUGGGUUACUACAUCUUCUGGCAUAUCUCUCGCUGCCACGACUCUGGCGGGAAUCAUCCAUUUCGCAUACCCAACCUUCACGGCGACUCAAUGGCAGGUUUAUCUCUUCUUUGCGGUAACGGCCGUUAUAACGAUUAUCCCCAUCUUUGUAGCAUCCAGGAAAAUUGCAUUCAUGUGCCAAAUCACCCUGCUUCUGUCUGUGGUCGGAGUGACGUUGGUUCUUUUUGCUACAGUUGGUAUGCACCAACAUGUCCAGCCAGCUUCGUUCCUCGCCAGUCCAGCAGCCGGCAACACUGGCUGGGGCCCAGGAGUUUCCUGGAUGCUAGGCAUUUGUAACGGAAUGUAUGCCUUUGGAGGCACAGAUGCAGCCCUCCACAUCAGCGAGGAAAUGCAACAGCCCGGACGCCGUGUACCGCAGAUUAUCAUUGCCACGCUUUUCAUCGGCCUGGUUACCACGCUGCCCCUGUUUAUUGCGCUGCUUUUGUUCUCUAGUGAUACUGAGGCUAUCAUUAAUUCGCCGCUGCCGAGCUUGGAGCUCAUCUACCAGGCUUGCGGCAGCAGAGCUGGUACGAUAUUCCUUACGACGUGGUUGCUUGUUGUCUACAUAUCAUGUCUCCCUUCUCAGUGGGUAACCAGCGGCCGCAUCGCUUGGGCCUUUGCGCGAGACAACGGUGUACCCUUCUCGCCCUACUUCAGCCACGUUAGCACAAUCCUCCAAUUCCCCGUCCGCACCACGAUCGCUGCGUUUAUAUUCGUCCUGGUCUAUGGCCUCCUCUACCUCGCCUCCACAACCGCCUUCAAUAGUAUCAUCACCUCGGCUGUGCUGUUCCUGAAUAUCACCUUUGUUACUCCGCAGGGGAUUCUUCUCGUUAGACGGUUUAAAAUCGGAUUCAGCGGUAACCGUACCUCAAAGACCAACCCACCAACAACAGCAGCAACAACAACGACAAUCCUCCCCCGGCGGUACCUAAACCUCGGCCCCAUCAUGGGCCCAUUCUGCAACCUCUUCUCCGUCCUCUGGAUAGUCGUCCUGGGAGUAUUCGUGUGUCUCCCGCCCGAGAUCCCCGUGAGCGUCGAGGGCGUCAAUUACACGGCUGCGGUGGUGGUGGGGAUCUUUGUCGUCAUUCUCCUGUUUUGGGGCGUGAGUGGGCGCCUGAUGUUUAGGGGGCCGAAGGUUGAUUGGGAGGGGUUGGUGAGGCAGGCGAUUUGA